AUGAAAUACAUGGACAAACAGAAUGAAACUUUAGUUACCCCAGUGACUGAAUUCAUUCUCAUGGGAGUCACAGAUCGCCCGGAGCUCCAGGCCCCACUCUUUGGUGUGUUCCUCCUCAUCUAUGUCAUCACAGUGGGGGGAAAUUUGGGCAUGAUCAUUCUAACAAAAAUUGAUGGUCACCUCCAAACCCCUAUGUACUUUUUCCUUAGGCACCUGGCAUUUACCGAUCUUGGUUAUUCCACAGUCAUUGGUCCCAAAAUGCUUGUCAACUUUGUAGUAGAAAAAAAUACAAUUUCCUACAACUGGUGUGCAAUCCAGCUAGCUUCCUUUGAGAUAUUCAUUAUCAGUGAGCUUUUCAUCCUAUCAGGCAUGGCCUAUGAUCGUUAUGUGGCUAUUUGUAAGCCCCUUCUCUACACAGUCAUCAUGUCAGACAGAGUAUGUUUGGCACUGGUGGUCAUCCCCUAUUUGUACAGCAUUUUUGUGUCAUUGCUGCUCACAAUUGAGAUUUUUAUUUUAUCCUUUUGCAGAUCCAAUGUAAUAAGGCAUUUCUAUUGUGAUAGUAUUCCCUUAUUGUCCAUUCUAUGUUCUGACACACAUGAACUAGAACUAAUCAUUCUGAUCUUUUCUGCUUUAGAUUUGCUUUCCUCUCUCCUAAUUGUCCUGGUUUCCUAUGUGCUUAUUCUUGUGGCCAUCCUCAAGAUGAACUCUGCUGAGGGCAGGCGUAAAGCCUUCUCCACGUGUGGCUCUCAUCUCACCGUGGUUAUUGUGUUCUAUGGGACUCUUCUCUUCAUGUACUUGCAGCCCAAGUCCAGCCACUCUUUUGAAACAGACAAGAUGGCCUCUGUGUUUUAUACACUGGUCAUCCCCAUGCUUAACCCAUUGAUCUAUAGCUUAAGGAACAAGGAGGUGAAAGCUGCCUUGAAAAGAGUCUUAGAAAAUCAAUGCAAACUUCAUAUUUAA